CCCUAUACACAUGGAAAUAUAUAGGACAUUUCGCAGCCAAGUGAUUGGCAUCCCAACCAGAAUUUCCGGUGAUUCGUAUUUUGCUUGCCCUUGGAACCCUAAGGUAGUUCGUAAGAUUAGUCAUGCCUUUUGGGGAGGCCCCGUGGUGGCUUGAACCCUUGUUUUUCUCCCGUUUUCUUGCUCGAGCUGACGUGGGGAAACAAAAAUUAAGAGAGAGAGAAAGAGAAAAGGGAGAGAGAAAAGGUAUUUGGUACCUUACCUUAGGAAUAGGAGGAAGUCUCUUUAGAUUAAACGCGACUUCGGAUUGGGCGGUACUCUAUUUUCCCUGGUCUUUGCGUGCUUUGACUAGUUGUUUAGUUGCGUCGGUCUAAGAGGCAGCUGACAAACCUCCCCUCCAAUCAAUCC